ACCACUAUCUUUAACAUCUUUUAGCAAUAUUAACCAUUUUUGUAAGUAAAACAAUGGUGAAGAUGUCAAUGAAGUUUGCUUUCGUUCUUUUCUUAGCUGUUACAUCAGAACCCAGCUGACAAGAGGGAGAUUUUCUGCGAUGAGACACUGAAGCUAAUCUUUGAAGGGAAAGACAAAGUUGGGUUUCUAGAGAUUUCAAAACUCUUGUCCCCGCACUUUGUGAAGACUGCUUGACCAAUAACUAGCUUAGUUUGGAAACUCCUGAUUUGGUUUUGUGUAUUCAUCGGUUGCCGGUUGUGCAAGACGCACUUGAUAGAGCCAAUUUGACUGAGAAGGAUCUCUCUGCUGUUGCUGUUACCAUUGGACCUGGUUUGAGCCUCUGUCUAUGCGGAUCCUAGUUUUUCUCUCUCUUGAACUACCUCAAGUUUCAUGGAUUCUCGCGUUUCGAUUCUCUUCGUCUGUGCGAUAGCUGUGUCAUGCUUUACGUCUGGGUCCGCUUCAUCCCAAGUGGACUUCUCUGUCUGCAAUUACGAAUUCGAGGUGUUUCGAUUCGAUUUAGAGGCGAAAUGUCCUCCUUCUCUGUAUCCUAGUCCUCCUAUUGAGGUAGAUGGAGACUCACUGGACAGGCUUAUGGCUUCUAAUCAUGGAAAUGCUUAUAUGUCAGUACUCUUUUAUGCUUCCUGGUGCCCAUUUUCACGUGCUCUGCGCCCUAAGUUUGAUAUGUUGAGUUCGAUGUUUCCUCAAAUACAGCAUCUAACUGUGGAGCAUUCUCAAGCACUGCCAUCUGUCUUUUCUCGGUAUGGUAUCCAUAGCUUACCUUCAAUCCUGAUGGUGAAUCAAACUUUAAAGGCUCGGUACCAUGGUCGAAAGGAUCUUACAUCCCUGAUUGAGUUUUAUGAAGAGGCAACAGGUCUCCAACCUGUCCAGUAUGUGGCUGAAGGGGAACCAACAGGCUUAGACGUCGGCGAUGGUAACUUGAUCACAUGGUUGCGCAAUGGGACAUCUAUCAGAGAAAUAUUCAAACAAGAUCCGUUCUUGGUACUAUCUCUGCUGUUUAUCUGUUUACAAAUGGCAAUCCUCGUCUUCCCCAUAGCUGAAUCCCGCAUGAAAGCGUUAUGGGAUUCUUAUGUUCCCAAUCUGAACCUGGAAAGAUUUGGAGAGAUAAGCCAACUGUUCAGCCGUGGUCUUCAUAUGGUCGAUGUGAGGAGGUUAUGGUUGAAACUAAGACUCAUUAAAACAAGAAACUUCCAUGAAAGGGCAAAGAACGCACAAGCCUGGGCUUCAUCGCUGGCAUCUGUCUCUCUAGGCCAAACUUCAUCAGACCAAUCCUGAUCUUAAGGGUGAAAAUCAAAACCCACCUGUAAGAUCCUGUCAGCAUUGGGAAGAGAUGAGCUUUAAGUGUGUUCUGGAAAUCUGAGAGUUCCUUUAAUGAAACCCCUGUUAUGACUUUUUUGAGUUUGAUUUGUCUGCAACGAAGCUUGUAAAUCCAGGAACAGCUUUGCUUCUGUUUGUGAAUAUCUUUCUCCCUUUUUUGUUCUAUAAAUUUGAGAUGUCUGU